AUGCCCCGUCGCGCCGUUGCCUGCUGGAUGGUGCCGCUGGCGGUGCUCGUCUGCCUCUGGGAGUGCGGCGCCGACCGGUACACCGCUAAAACACUGCGGCUGUACCUCAAGGAAGCCAUCGCCGAGGCGCUGCUUGAACAUCGCAGUGAUCUCCUGCAGCCGGAGACAGCACCGACCACCUCACAGUCCGGGUGUGCGAAGCAGUUCAUACCGUGCGCCGGCCGCUGCUACCGGCGGCUGUCCCCGGCCAUCACGUAUGAACAAGCUGAACAGGCGUGCGCGCAGGUCAACUCGCACCUGGCGGUGCCGCGCACUCGUGACGAGAACCUAUGCGCCGCCGGUCUGGCCCGCAACCGGCACAUCUGGCUGGGAAUUACCGAUCAGCUCACCGAGGGAGUGUUUGUCGACAUCUUUGGUCGGUAG